CACGGAGAAAGUGGUCAUCCUAGCGUGCAUUGCAGCAUCUGCAGGUCAUCUGCAGAGGACGUGAGAACCGCAAAGCGGUGCUAAAAUUGAUUAUUUGCAUUUGUAACUGCAUGCAUACACGAGACAUGUUUCGUAAUAUAUUUCAUUCAUUCGUUGGGUUGUCAUUGUGUUUUGUGUCGUGUUUUAAAGAAAAUACAGAAUAACUGAUGUCCUAUUCGGGGCCAGUUGUUGCGUUGUGAUAGUUGUAGACCAUCAUUGGCUGGGACCCCUCCAGUAGCCUACUGGCUACACUUUCUGUUGUGACCACUGGAGGCUCCGAGCAGCCGGCGUCUGCAUCACUUCAGCUGUCGGUCGCAGAGGAUGGCGGAGCUACUGUCCCAAGUGGAGCCUGAACUUCUCAACGGGGUCGUCCCGACCGAGGAGAGGGGAGACGGCGACGCGUCGGAGUCAGUGAAGAAAAGGAGGAGGAAAAAGAAGAAAAGCAAGACACUCGCUCCAGUGUGUGACAUUGCAGCAGGGACAAACCCCACGGAGGAGGAAGAGGACGUCAAAGGUGUGAGCGAAGCACUCCAACAGUUGGAGGAGCAAACUCUGGAGGACAAGGAGAAAGACGAGGAUGGAGACGAAGAUGGAGACGAGGGAGAGAACUCUGCGGGGAAGAAGAAGAAGAAAAAGAAGAAAAAGAAAGGCGCAAAGGGACAGACUGACCCCCCCACCGUCCCUAUCUGCGAGCUCUAUCCCGGCGGGGACUUCCCGAAGGGAGAGGAGUGCGAAUACCCGCCGUCAAAAGACGGGCGCAGUGCAGCAUGGCGGACCACCAGCGAGGAGAAGCGGGUGCUCGAUAAGGCCAACGAGGAGAUGUGGAGCGACUUCAGGCAGGCCGCCGAGGCCCACCGCCAGGUGCGGGCGUACGUCCGCACCUGGAUCCAGCCGGGCAUGGCCAUGAUCGACAUUUGCGAGCGCCUCGAGGACUGCUCCCGCAGGCUGAUCAAGGAGAACGGGCUGCACGCGGGCCUGGCCUUCCCCACCGGCUGCUCCAUCAACCACUGCGCCGCCCACUACACCCCCAACGCCGGCGACACCACCGUGCUGCGCUACGACGACGUCUGCAAGAUCGACUUCGGAACGCACGUCAACGGUCGGAUAAUCGACUGUGCCUUCACCGUCACCUUUAAUCCCAAGUACGACAGGCUGCUGGAGGCAGUGAAGGACGCCACCGACACAGGCAUCAGGUUUGCAGGGAUUGAUGUGCGCCUGUGUGAUGUGGGUGAGACCAUCCAGGAAGUCAUGGAGUCAUACGAGGUGGAGAUCGAUGGGAAAACCUACCAAGUGAAGCCGAUAAGGAACCUGAACGGCCACUCUAUCGGUCAGUACCGGAUCCACUCAGGGAAGACCGUCCCCAUCGUGAAGGGCGGCGAGGCCACGCGGAUGGAGGAGGGUGAAGUGUACGCCAUCGAGACCUUCGGCAGCACGGGCAGAGGGGCCGUCCACGAUGACAUGGAGUGCUCGCACUACAUGAAGAACUUCAAAGUGGGGCACGUGCCCAUCAGGCUCCCCAGGGCCAAGCAUCUCCUGAACGUGAUCAACGAGAACUUCGGCACGCUGGCGUUCUGCCGGCGGUGGCUGGACCGCCACGGCGAGAGCAAGUACCUGAUGGCGCUGAAGAACCUGUGCGACCUGGGCAUCAUCGACCCCUACCCCCCGCUGUGCGACACCAAGGGCAGCUACACGGCGCAGUACGAGCACACCAUCCUCCUCCGGCCCACCGCCAAGGAGGUGGUGAGCCGCGGGGACGACUACUGACCCCCCCCCCCCCCCCCCCCC